AUGUUUUUGAGUAAUUCCGCUUCCCGCACAUUCCCCAUUUUCUUGCAUAUCCGCUCACCCUUUAGGCGUUUGGCUUCAACAAAGUCUCUCAAAGAGACCAUCGAAGAGGUCAUACCUGUGAAGCAAGCACAUUUGAAGAAACUCAAAACAGAGUACUCUGAUGUCUCUAUUGGUGAUGUAAAGGUUGGGAAUGUCAUAGGAGGUAUGCGAGGCUUAAGAGCGAUGCUAUGGGACUCGUCUGUCCUAGAUCCUGAAGAGGGCAUUCGCUUCCAUGGACUAUCAAUCCCCGAUGUACAAAGGGCACUUCCCGCAGCGCCUGGUGGCAAAGAAAUCAUAGCCGAAAGUAUGCUCUGGUUGUUGCUCACAGGGCAGGUCCCAUCUGCGGAACAGACUCGGGAGCUGUCUCGAGAACUAGCACAGAAGGGAAACUUGCCACCAUCCGUUGCGAGCCUUAUUGAUUCAUUGCCCAAAACGUUGCAUCCGAUGACGCAGUUAGGCAUCGGCGUCGCUGCUUUGAACCAUGACAGCUCCUUCCAAGCAGCGUACGAGAAGGGCAUCAAGAAAUCUGAAUACUGGAGAUAUACUUUGGAUGAUUCUAUCAACCUUGUUGCUCGCCUCCCUGCACUCGCCGCCCGCAUUUAUCGUAACGUUUACAAACCUGGGGCCACUUUACCUGAGAUUGACCCGGAGUUAGACCUUGUUGGCAACUACUCUAAGAUGCUGGGCUACGGCGAUAAUCACGACUUGACUGAAUACCUUCGACUGUAUAUCUCUAUUCAUGGGGAUCACGAGGGAGGAAAUGCAUCGGCUCAUACAGCUCAUCUCGUGGGUUCAACGCUUUCAGACCCUUAUUUGUCCUAUGCUGCAGCAUUGUUUGCACUUGCUGGUCCUCUCCAUGGCUUGGCGAACCAAGAAGUCCUUCGUUGGCAACUCUCCAUGUUGAGAGAAGUCGGGGAGGAAGUAUCUCAUGACACCAUUCGGGAAUAUCUCUGGAAAACUCUCAAAUCAGGACAAGUUGUUCCUGGCUACGGACAUGGUGUUUUGCGAAACCCUGAUCCAAGAUUCAUUGCGCUGCAAGAAUUCUGCGAAUCCAAGCCCGAGCUUCUCAAUAGUCCAAUCAUUCAACUGGUAAAAAAGACUUAUGAGGUCGCUCCCGAUGUUUUGAAAGAACAUGGCAAAACUAAGAACCCAUAUCCCAAUGUCGAUGCAGCGUCCGGCUGUGUCUUGUACCACUAUGGUCUGACUGAAUUUAAGUAUUACACUGUGAUCUUCGGUGUUUCUCGAGCAUUGGGUUGUGUCACUCAGCUUGUGUGGGCAAGAGCUCUGGGGCUGCCUCUUGAACGUCCAAAAUCAUACUCACUAGAAGCUAUUGAACAACUAGCAAAAAGUGGUAGUCCUUGA